AUGCUUCAAUACGAGCUAUUCGCCGGGGAUUCACUCCCUCCCAAACUUGAAGGAUUCCUGAAGUCGGGCGCGUUGAUAGGGAGUGCCAUUGGGCAACUGCUUUUCGGCUAUCUUGGGGAUGCGUUUGGAAGGAAAGCGAUAUAUGGCAAGGAACUUUUGACGGUCAUUUUUGGGACUAUACUGUGCCUUUCAACGCCGACUGGGAUUCUCAGCCCAUCCAACUCCCUCAUUUACCUCGCAUCGUUCCGUAUCAUCGUUGGCAUUGGUAUCGGCGGCGAUAUUCCCAUGUCCUCGAGCAUCACCGCCGAUCGCACCGAGCCCUGGAAGCGCGGGACUGUCUUGGCGUAUAUUGUUUCGAUGCAAGGAUGGGGCAGCCUCGUUGGAAGUCUUGUCACCAUCGUCGUCCUCGCGGCUUACAAACAUGCCAUCCAUGAUAACGGCGAAAUCAACAAACUAGAUGCAGUGUGGAGGAUCACGAUGGGCCUCUCGCUCGUCCCUGCGUUUGCGACCGUUUAUCAACGGCUUACCCUCCCUGAGCCACCUCUCCACUCUGCCGCUCGCCGUAGAUGCUUUGAUAGAGUUGAUUUAUCGUUGAAUGGUACCAGCGCUACCAGGGAACUUCAGAGCGAGGCCGAAGAAAAGCUACAAACCGAUAUCAACGUUUCGAUGGCAGAUGUACCGAAACCGGCGCACAUACGAGAAUUCUUGGAAUAUCUGUCGGAGGGGGGCCACUGGAAGCAUCUCGUUGGGACGUGUCUCUGCUGGUUCCUCACCAACAUUGCGUUUUACGGCGUGAACCUCAACCAAAACUUCGUUCUUGAGCAAAUUGGAUUCCAAGGCACCACUGGAACGCCCUGGCAGAAGCUUUUCAAGAUAGCCACCGGCAGCUUGAUCAUUACGGUGCUAGGUUUCAUUCCAGGAUAUUACUUCACCAUCUUCACGGUCCACAGACUUGGGCGAAAGUGGAUCCAAGUCCAAGGUGCACUCAUGACGGCUCUAUUUACGGCAAUAUUGGCGGCCAAGUUCCAUUCGCUGGGCACGGUCGCGUUCAUCGUGUGCUUCUCAUUCUUACAGUUCUUCUUCAACUUCGGAACAAAUAUGACGUCCUAUAUCAUCCCAGCAGAAUUGUUCCCCUCGCGGUAUAGAGCUUCCGCUCAGGGCCUCUCUGCCGCCUCCGGUCGAUGCGGCGCCAUUUUCUCAUCGUUGUUCUUCAACCAGCUCAGCAAGAGUGUAGGUACUCCUGUCAUUCUAUGGAUCUUCUUUGCGGUGUCGCUUCUUGCAGUUGUUGUUACUCUGAUCUUUCUGCCCGAGACAAAGGACCGUGACGCAGAUGCCGUUUUCGAAAAGGAGAUGCAAGCAAAAGCUGGAUACGUUGGGUCUUCAAGAGCCGGAAGUAGAACCUCUGCAUCUUGA